ACACUCACACUGAAACACUACACCAAAAUCAAUGACCACAAGAGCAAAGUCCUUUUAGAAAAUAUCAGACUUGAUGUCUACAUCUUCCCUCCUCCUCCCUCUUUCCCUCCUUCUAUCUCUUCUAUCACAAGCCCUCUCUUCCCCAAGCCUCAUUUACACAGACUACCCCCCCUCUUCUCUGUCUGUGUCUCCCACUCUGCUUUCUUCUCUCUCUCUCCCUCUCUCCCUAUUUUUUUUCUUUCUCUCCUCUCAGUCUUCCUCUCCCCCCUCCCUCUCUCCCUAUUUUUCUUCAUUUCUCUCCUCUCAAUCCUUUUCUCUCUCUGUCGUUCUAUCUCUCUCUAUGAAUCCUACUUUUGUAACUUCUCUCCUGCACUAGAGACCAAGACGUGUUUUGAAUGGUAAAAUAAUUGUUUCAUCUGGCCAAAACUGAUCAUGUAUUUUCUUAAUUCUCUGAAUUCAAGCUGUCUGCAGCUGUGACAUGCUUGCCUAGGUGUUUCAAGAGAAAAGAAGUCAGGACAAAGAAAGUGAGAGGGGCGGCGGGACUUUAAAACCGGUGAACUCACCAACACAGGACCGGGGCUCCAGGUCGCCCUUCUUUGGAAGUCACGUGUUAUUUGCAUACAGUCAGAUCCAUUUACAUCACCAGCUGCUUUUAAUUUUCACUCGAUUUCGUAAACUUGUAAAGAGGAGGGCUUGGCAUGAUAGCGGAAAGCACGUUUGAGUAAAUGUGAAGUUUACACCCCCUUUUCUGAGUUGGUGGAUGCCUUACCUCAGACGCAUCUGGAAAGGAACCAGCGAACCCCGUAGUCCUCCACUUAAAUCUGGAUCCGUGGAAAUUUACGGCUCCGAGACGGGCUGGCUCCGUGAUUCUCUCGCCCCGGGAAACCCCCGUUGUUCUGAUAAGGCGUCGGACAAGUAGAGGAGGAUCGAAAGUUUUACUGUGCGGGGUUCGCUGAAGUGGAAAAGGGUACUCCCUGUGUCUGGGUAAGUCGUACUUCUUCAGGUUCAACCAUCCAGAGGAGGCCAGCCGUCUGAAGAGCAUGCUCCCACAGAAAAGCCCUGCGUCCCCCCUGGUCUACAGCACAGACUAUCUCAAGUUCAGCAGCGACUAUGGUCAUGCCCUAGGGGGCGGAGCUAGGGGCAUGCGCUCAGCUUCCGAGCUCCGUGAUUUGAUGGACACCCUGCAACGCAAGAAGAUUGCCCUGGAGACCAGCCUGAGGGCCAAUGGGGACGCUGGCCCUUCCUACUUCAGCAUGACUCAGUCUCCACCCACAACGCCAGCCACAUGCCCCGCUCCCCAGUCCUCAGCCUAUCAGGAGCAGGCUAGGCGUCUGUACGGCUCUGAGCGCCCGCCCCUGUCUGGUAAAUCAGCUGGUCCCCCUUCACCCUCCCCCCGGCCCUCCAUGACCCGCAACCAAUCACAGGAGAGCCUGCUGCUGGCCUCCGGCGAAGGCCGACGCCCCCUCCCAGGCUCCUCCCCCUUGCUCUCCAUGUGGAACGGCAGUGGGUCCUCCUCCUCUGUUGCUGGUAGCGAGAGCUUCCUCUCUCCUCCUCCUCCCUCCUCCUCCUCCCGUCUCCCCCCAGGCGGAACCGCCAGCAUGCCUUCCAGCCCCCGCCUUGGCCGCCGUAGCCACGGCAACCAGGAGCCAAUCCCCAGCCCCCGGACCAGGAAGUAUUCCACGGGUUCUCUAGGGGGGGGGAUGAAGGGUGGGGGGGGCAACCACAGUCGAUCCAUGCCCCGCCUCUGUUGCCCCGCCCCACGUAGCCAUGACAACGGAUUCGGCGGCGUUGCCUUGACAACACUUCCUCCGCGACGCUCCGAUCUCAACGGCAGCAAGGCCAGCCCCCACCCCCCCAGCCUCACCCAAGGGGAGGGCGUGGUCUCUAUCUCACUCACCCCCAAGACCCCCACUACCGCGCCCCCAGACGUCACUGUGCCCGGCCGGCCAGGGGCUCCCUCCAGCCCCCGUGUGGCCAAGAAGCUCAGCCUCACCUCCUCCAGUGCCCCAGACCCAGACAGGCCGGCCAGCCGGGGGCUCUUCCCAGAGCUGCUCCUGGGGGAGCGCUGUGGGGGCGAAGGGGGUGGGGGUAUGGGGGAACGGAGGCAGUCGUUCGGGAAGGGGGGUCUGGCCCCCUUCAGAGUGAGGAGGGGCAGCAUCAGCUCACUGAGCGGGAACGAGGAGCUGAGCGACUACCAUCAACACCAGAGAGACGAGAGGAUGAGAGAACAAGAGGUCCAGAGACUGGAGCGUCAUCGUUUAGAGACUAUCCUGUCUUUGUGCUCGGAGCUGGGCAGAGCUGAAGACCUAAGAGGGGGUGUGUCCAGGGAGGCGGGGGUGAAAGGUCAGGUCUCCACGGUGACCGACCUCCAGAAGCUCACCCAGCAGCUGGAGCAGCUGACCGGCGCUGAACCCACCCUAACCCUAACCACCGGACCACCCAGCCAGAACGGUUACUAUGACGGCGGGCGCCUGGUCCAACAGAGUCGGAGCAGCGGUUACCGUGAAAACAGGGCGGAGUCCCCGGCCAUCAGCUUGCGGAGCUCCGCCCCUUCCCCCACCCCACGCGCCCAGACGACCAAUCAGGUCAGAGAGUUGGUGUCUCCCAAGCAGGUGCCGGAGGAGGCGCGGCAGGAUGUGAGGCGUGUGGAAGAGGCGUGGAAGCAGGAAGUGAGGCGUGUGGAGGAGGAGAGGAUUCAGGUGCUCAACAACAUGGAGGAGCUGGAACAGAAGAUCAAAGAGCUGGAGAACCAGAUGGAGGAGUCUGUUCGAGAGGUGGAGGUGGAGCAAGCGCUGGUGGAGGCGGAGCAGGAGGCGGAGUUAGCCGCGCUGCAACAGGAGAAACAGGAAGUGGAAACCCUAAAAACCAAGAUGGCUGCCCUGGAGGUCCAGGCACAUGAAGAGAAGACGCAGGCGUGUGAGCUGCUGCAGGCAGAGAGAGGCAGGGUAGAGAGUUUGGGUCAGAGUGUGUCUGAGCAGCGAUCUCAGCUGGACUGCUGUCCUGAGGCCCUGAAGGAUCCUCUACAGGAGCAGCUAACCAGGGCCUCAGAGGUGUUGGAUGCAGAGACGAAGCGUUUUGAGGACUUGGAGUUCCAGCACCUGGAGAGAGAGAGCCGGAGAGACGAGGAGAAGGACUCCAGCACACACACACUCCUACGAGACGUCACACACUACCAGCACAGCACGCUCACCCGCAAGGAGAGGCUUGUGACCCUGAAGAAACAGGCGGCUCAGAUUACCCAGCAGGCCGAGCGAGAGAAGGACAGCUUCCUGCAGGAGAAGAGCAGCCUGCAGAUGAUGCUGCACAGGGAGAAAGAGAACCUGGUCUCUCUGGAGAACAAGUAUGCUGACCUUACAGGUGGGCGGGGCUUCCCUCUCAUCCCUGUCACUCUUAAGGAGGGCUAUGUGACAGUCAGUGAGAUCAAUGAACUUUACUCCCAACUGGGGGGUGACAAUAACCCUGCCCCUAUUCUGGCCAAUCCCUGCCUUGAAACUGAGCCUAGCUCCUCCCCCGAUGCCAGCACCCCAAAGACCGAGGAAGAUCAGCACUUCCGUUUACUGGAGGAGAGGAAGAGGAUGAUAAAAGAGGGCGGGGCUCACUUGAGUGACACGCUGCCCAGGAAGAAGCCCACACCCACUCCUCAGUUCAGCUGCUCUACUCUGGGACGCAGCUACCCUGCCAAGUCCCACCAGUCCCUGGUCCAGAGCAGCAGCUGGGGAAGCAUCAUGCCCAGAGUCCUGGCAGGCUCCAGCAGAGAGGCUUCCCGCUCACACAGAGGUCACACCAGCUCCCGGGCAAGCUCCGCCUCCCAGAACAACGUCUACCCGGACUCCUUUGGUUACCGUGACAAUGGCCAGGCCUUCGACACCAUGAGCGUGGACAGCUCAGACUCCAUGGAAACCAGCAUCUCCGCCUGUUCCCCUGACACUGUCUCGUGUUCCAGCACUUCAAAUGUGGCAAAACUGGAGGAAAUGGAACGCUUGUUGAGAGAGGCUGAGAAACACUGCAUGCUGGAACACAAGGAGCGUGAGCAGGAGGUGAAGCGUGCACUGGAGGAGGAGCGGAGGAGGAGAGGGGAGCUGGAGGUGCGCCUGCAAGAGGAAACCAGCAGGAGGCAGAAGAUGAUCGACAGGGAGGUGAAGCUGAGGGAGAAGCAGCGAGCGCAGUCUCGUCCGUUGACCCGUUACCUACCGGUGAGGAAGGAUGACUUUGACCUACUCAGUCACAUUGAGUCUGCGGGCCACAGUGUGGCGACCUGCUCCCACCUGGCCCUGACGGAGAAGACCUGCCGGGGCUUCCUGGUCAAGAUGGGCGGCAAAAUCAAGACCUGGAAGAAACGUUGGUUUGUCUUUGACCGCAACCGGCGAACCCUGUCCUACUACUCAGACAAGCAUGAAGCCAAGAUGAAAGGCGUCAUCUACUUCCAGGCCAUAGAGGAAGUAUACUACGACCACUUAAAGAACGCUCACAAGAGCCCUCACCCCUCCCUGACGUUCAGUGUGAAGACCCAUGACCGGGUGUACUACAUGGUGGCUCCCUCUCCUGAGGCCAUGAGGGUCUGGAUGGACGUCAUAGUCACUGGCGCAGAAGGAUACACCCAGUUUAUGGUGUAAAGGGGGUUCCAAUUCCAGGACUGUACUCAUUUUUUGUGCUUUUGUUUUAUGACUUGACUAGGAUUGGCCAGUCCUCAUUCAUUAUGUUUUAAUGUAAACAAUACUCUGUAUUAGUUACUGUUCAUUGGAUGAUGUCUUAUAAUCUAGUCACUUCAGAUGGAUUGUUUUAUUUUGUUUAGCAUUAGCAACUUAAUACGUAGCCGAAGUAUGCCCAAGAUAUAUCAUAUCAUGAGAGAGUCAGAUAAGGGUGUUUCCUCUGCAUUUCCUGUGUGGACAUCACACUUCCUGGUUUUGAUUUUGAAAGCUGAUGUCAUUGCCUGGUCUAUCUGUUGUUUAGAUGUGGCUGAUGCAGUGUGUUGUAAGAGGAUAGUUUAUAUACAGAUCAACAAGUGAGGUUAUGUGGCUGAUGUUUGUACUUUGGGGGUUGUGUGUAUUAAAGAGAGAGAGAGAGCUAAAGACGCACACAUUUCUUGUGAUUUAAUAACAUAAUAUUGUGGUGCUGUCCAUGUUCAGCUACAUGACUUGUCAGAUCCUAGAUGGCAUCAUCACAGCCACGUAGCUAUGUGAUUGGUCAAAUCCCAGACGACAUAGACCGGUCAAAUCAGAGAUGACUCAAUGUUAAUCCAGUACUGUUCCACUGUAUGGCAGCUCCCUGUCAGGUGACACAUACCUGCUAUGAUCACUGACAUGUCAGGUGACAUAUACCUGCUAUGAUCACUCUGACAUGUCAGGUGACAUAUACCUGCUAUGAUCACUCUGACAUGUCAGCUCUCAGUAGCUCAUCAUGUUAUUCUGAAACUUUUGCUGCUUCCUUGCCAUUAUUGCUCUUGUAUUAGAUGAGCUGAAUUGAUCAAGUGCCUUGAGAAGAGGGAUGUAGAAAGAGACGCUAAUAUGCUAUGUUGGUGCUCAAACCUGGAGCCUUGUGUCAUUGUUGCAUCAUCACAGUGUGUCAGUGGCCUAAACGUCAGUGUGUGUGUACAAGUUUUGUCACUUUGUUCCUGUGAUUUUAUUGGUUGAGAAUCACACGAUAAAUACAGUUCCACGUCCCUUUCUGGACCUGGAGGUUCUGUUGUCUUUUAUCAGGACUGGGAGGACAUUAUUUGACAUAACCAAUGAUUUGGUAAGAUGUCUCAUCAUUUUAAGAUCACAAAAUGUCUGUUCAAACGUGAAUUGGGCUACCACUUUACUUUUACAAUCAAUUCAAGGAUAUUUUUUAUAUUUAAAACUAUAAACAGGCUCAAUACAUAGUAUACUGUCAUAUUGCUAUUGACUAUUAAUGCAUGUAUCUUUAUUUUUGCAUACAUAAAAUAAAACACGGAUAUUGUA